AUGAAAUUCGGAAAGUGGCUCAAGCGGCAGAUCGAGCAGAGCCUCCCGGCGUGGAAGGACGAGUUCCUGAGCUACAACGAGCUCAAGCCCGUCAUCGGCGCCGUCUCGCCGGCCGAGUUCGUCGCCCGCCUCGACGUUGAGAUCGAGAAGAUCAACGCCUUCUUCAUCGAGCAGGAGGAGUUCUUCAUCAUCACACACCGGGAGUUGCAGGGGGCGAUCAGGAGCGCGCUGGAGAGGAAGCCGGCGGUGCCGGCGUCGGCGCACGAGGCGGAGAUCGCGGCGAUCCGGAGGGAGAUCGUCAACUUCCACGGCGAGAUGGUGCUGCUGCUCAACUACAGCAGCGUCAACUACAUCGGCCUGGCCAAGAUCCUCAAGAAGUACGACAAGCGCACGGGCGCCGGGAUCCGGCUCGCCGUGAUCGAGACCGUGCUGGUGCAGCCCUUCUUCACGGCGGAGGCGGUGUCCCUGAUGGUGAGGGAGUGCGAGGCCAUGAUGGAGGCGGUGUUCCCCACGGCGCCCGGCGAGGGGCAGGCGGCGGCGCGGCGGGACCGCGAGGCCCUGGUCGCCGCGGAGCAGAGGAUCUUCCGCAACACCGUGUCGGCGCUCCUGGCCAUGCAGGACGUGCGCAGCGGCAGCUCCACGCGCGGCCGCCACUCGCUGCCGCCGCUCAACCUGCCGGACUCGGACUGGCUCCGCUCCUUCUAG